AUGCAUUUUGACACAUUUUUCGGGUGGCUUCUGAUAUUCGUCGUCCCAUUCAACGCUCUCCGAGAUACGUGUCCAAUCGGGUGCCGAUGUGAUGAGGAUACGCAGCAAGUAACAUGUGAGGGACAACAAGUUGUCACUCUCCCCGAUCGACUUCCCUCUGGCUACGAAACUCUGAUCAUUCGAAAUUCUUCAGUCCGAACAAUUGAAAAGAAUUCGUUUCGAAAAAUGGAAAAACUCAUGCACAUCGAGUUUGAGAACAAUCCAAGUCUAGGAACCAUCGAGAAAUUGGCGUUCAAAGGACUCAAAAAGAUACGACUAAUCAAGUUCUCCAGCUGCCCGGGGCUCACUGAACUUCAGAAGAACGCAUUCAGUGGGAUUCAGAAUCAAAUGGGACUGAAGAUUAUAUUUGAGAAGACCCCGAUUCAUAGAAUCGAUGGUCACACGUUUAGGAAUGCUCAGAACAUUCGAGAAUUGACGAUUUCUGGAGAGGAGUUGGCACUAUCGAGACAUUGUUUUGCUAAUAUUAAUCAGCUCGACUUUCUCACUGUCUCCGGUGUGGUGCUUAUUGAACCCGAGAUAUUCACAAACUCCACACGUUUCCAUGUUGUUCACUUCAAAAACUCUCAAUUCGACAUCCCGCCCAGCACAUUUAGCUCCCUUUCCCACACUUCUCAUCUCCUCCUGGAGCACACCAAAAUCCCCUCCAUUGCUCCUGACGCCUUCUCGGGUCUCACCACGAUUCAGAAAUACAAUUGGAGACUGGACACUUCGGAGUCCAUAAUGUCGAAAGCGCUGAAAACGAGAAUGGAGGAGAAUACGAUGGAAUGUAAUUGUGGAAUGAAGUGGAUGACUAGUGUGGAGGAAAUGUCGGAUGUCAACUUCUGUAGCACCACUGCCUCAUUCCGAUCUAUCAGAUCAUUCAUCAAGGCGAAAUGUAUGGAUCCUUCUAGAAGAAGGAAUCAUUUGCCGUCUACGACGUCUUCUGGAUCCUUCUUAUCAGUUCUCUCAAUUCUCACGGCUAAAGCCAGAAAAACGAAGAAAAAUGUUCCUCUAUUUACUGAAACCAAAAAACCCCGUGAGCCAACGUCUCCGGCUGCAGCUCCAGCGCCUCCAACGCCAUCCAAACAGGAUGCUCCAGUGGAGAAGGCUUCCGAGGUCAAGGAGAUGACCAAGGAUGAGCCGGAGAAGAAGGAGAAGACCGUAGAGAAGGAAGAGGAGAAGGAGAAGAAGACUGAAGAGAAGAAGGAAGAAGAGGUGAAGAAGUCGGAGAAGGAGAAGGAGGAUGAGGGGAAGAAGGAAGAAGAGAAGAAGGAGAAGGAUGGUGAGGAGAAGAAGGAGGAAAAGAAGGAGGAGAAGAAGAAGGAUACGUCGUUGAAGCCCAGAGUGAUGGAGUACGAUGCAAAACAGAAGCUGAUUGCUCAGGGACAGACUAAGAAGAAGACGGACUAUCCGACGAUGGAAGACGCUCCGAGUGAUUGGGAUGAUGAUGACAAGAAGAAAAAGGAGGAUGAGGAGAAGAAGAAGGAGGAAGAGAAGAAGGAGGAAUAG